AUGAUGAAUAUAACUAGAUCAGCUUCAAAUUCUUCCUCAGGGUCGUCUACGAAUUAUGAAAAAUAUUUGAAUCUGGCGACAGAAUCAAAUCCUUCCAUGAUUUUGGAAUUAGAUUUGCUCGGCAAUAUAAGAUACAUCUCCCCUAUAUGGGAACAAAUAAUAGGCACAAAAUUACCAGAAGUAGGCUCUUCGAUGUCAGAUAUAAUCAUUGGUUCAGAGACUGAUAAAGGCGUCUUUAAUGAAGUUAUAAAAAUAUGGGCAGACAAUGAUUCCGUCUCUUAUACAGUUACUUUCGGUCUGCAUGGGAAAUAUUCAGAAGUUGUAACAAUGGAAGCUUGUGGUGUUUUGAUUCAUGACAGCAUCACUAAUAAGGCAACACAUUCAAUGUGGAUAAUGAAACCAAUAGAUGAACAGUUAAAGGAUGACUACCUUCGGACAUCAUCCAGACUUCCAGAAGAAUUUAUAAAAAUUUUAGGGUUUGGGAGUCAUAUUUUCUUAGAUUAUCUUAAUUUUGUGCAGUCACAGCUCUGUCUUGAUGAAUCGAAUCUUCCAACCCCAAACUUAGAGCUAUGUAGAGUCUGUGAAACGUUUGUACCUGACUGGUGGCUAGAGAGCCAUUCUAAAUCGUGCGUGUGCGAACAUCGAAUACAGUCAUUGAUUCAACUUCUUCAAGAAAAUUUAGUAGAACAUUGUAAUUACCUUUAUUCUAUUACAAAAGAAAAUGACUCAAAUGAAGACUCAGAUAAUGAUAGUACAAUAUCAAAUUAUUUCAAUUUUGAAUAUAAAGGAUAUGCAUCAAAAAUUUCUCCAGCAACUAUAGCAAACUUGAUUGAUUUAUGUGAACUAGCGAUGGCAGCAAAUAUUAGUCAAAUACAAAAACCUUCCGAUAAUACCAGAAUUCAUACAAACACAGCUUUUAGAGCAAUUGAGGGAUCUCAGCAGAUGGAUAAGUUUGAUUUUUCACCAAAUACCCAAACUAUUAUUCAAGAAGUAACAAAUUGGAGACCUCCUUAUAUUGAUGAACCAGAUCAAGGAUUAACUUUGCUUGUUGAACACACAACAAAAAUUUCAAAGGAUAAAAUUGAUGCCCUAUUAAGAUUAGACAAUGCAAUGACAUUUUCAUACAGAUUAAAAAACGAAGUCAAUAACUAUGUCUUCCAACUUAUAAUAGAACAGAUAGAGAAUAACAGGUUAUUUUUAACCCAUUCGAUGGGUUCCCCUAUUAUUAGACAAAACUUGACAGCAAAGGAAAAUAGUAUAGAUAGCGAUAUACAGUCAAAUAUACCUUCCUCAUCGCAACAAACUUUAACACAUGGAGAUUCAAUUGAUAAUAUUCAGCAAAAUAACACUAGUAUCGCAAAUAUAGCAUCGCCACAAUCUCAAAGGCCUCAAACAGGAACAUUAUUUGCCGACGCAUACUUAAAUGAAGAUGUCAUACCGAACUCUGAAGUCCAACAAGAUGAUAGUCUUCUUGGUAACAAAGAAGGCAGUAAGACUCAGUGGAGUUCGAAAAUAGACGGUUUCCAUUCCAGAUCCAUAACGCCAAAACAAACUAUAGAGAGUGCUGAAAAAAUAGAAAAUAAUUCAUCUAUGUCUAUGACCGAUGGCUUAAAAAUUAGCAUAUUUAAUAAUAUUAUGGAUCCAAAUACACCAAAAUUAAGAAGUGAUUCGUAUAUAAACCUACAGAACACUGGCAACCCCACUUCAAGACAUAAAAUUGCAGUUCCAAACUCGUUUGUACUACCAAAAAUGAAAACAAGUAUUGUAGUAACACCUAGAAAAGGAUCUCCACUUUUAACCUCAUCAUCAUCUGCCUCAAAUAUCAACUCAUUGAAUCAGAUAUCGCGGUCUAGUAGCACUACAAAAAACAUUAUAGAUAAAUGUCGCUCCCCAAUUUCUUCCCCUCGCGUAAGCAUCAAUAAUCUAAUGACACCAGAUCAGGUUGUGAAUAUGAACUCUGUGUUGAAGCAACCAUUAUCUCCUUUACUUUUAGCCACAAACCCAGUUAAAAAUUUAAACCCAAAUAUAAAAAACUAUGACGUUAUUAAACCUAUUAGUAAGGGUGCAUACGGUAACGUGUAUUUGGGUCGCAAAAAAUUGACUGGUGAUUAUGUUGCAAUUAAAGUCCUAAGGAAAUCAGAUAUGAUCGCAAAAAAUCAAGUAACAAACGUUAAAUCAGAAAGAGCGAUAAUGAUUGUCCAAAGCGAAAAACCGUAUGUCGUAAAUCUAUUUGAAUCUUUUCAAAAUAAAGAUAAUUUAUUUUUGGUUAUGGAAUACUUACCAGGUGGUGAUUUAGCAACCGUCAUAAAAAUGAUGGGCUAUUUACCUGAUAACUGGGUCAAGCAAUAUAUUUGUGAGAUUGUGAUAGGUGUUGCAGAUAUGCAUGAAAACGGUAUUAUCCAUCAUGAUUUAAAACCUGAAAAUUUAUUGAUUGAUAAAAAGGGCCAUCUUAAAUUGACUGAUUUUGGUUUGUCGAGAGCAGGUUUAGUUCACCGUCACCAAAAUAGACCACAAUUAGGAAACCGAUUGAGCAUUUCAAGUAGUCAUUCAAACUCAUCAAAAAAUAAUAACAAUUACGAUGAUAUGAAUAAUGCAAACAUUAUUCUAGAUGGCAUUAUUCGAGACCGAGAUAGAAGACAUUCAAACUCUAGUUCAAUUUCAAAUAUUGAACCGCUAAUGUUAAAUAAAAAUGAUUCUUCUGGGUCAUUCCCGUUUGAUGAUUUCACAUCAACCACUGCAAAUAACAAUUCGGCAAGUCAUAAAAAACAAUAUUGCUCUUUGCAUUCUGAAAAUCAAGAGUCAACAACAUUGAGCGACUACGCAUUAUAUCAUCCAAAUGAUUCUAAAAACAAAGCAAAUUUCUUUGGAACACCAGAUUACCUUGCACCAGAAACUAUUCGAGGUAUAUUCGAAGGUAACCAAUGUGAUUGGUGGUCAGCUGGGUGUAUUUUAUUUGAAAUGUAUUUCGGAUAUCCACCUUUCCAUGGUAAAGAUAUUCAAUCUGUGUUUGAGAAUAUUUUACUAGAUGACAUCCACUGGCCAAACUUUUCAUCUCCUGAAGAAGAACGUGAAUGUAUUUCGCCUGAAGCAAAAGAUUUGAUCACAAAAUUUUUGAUCAAAGAUCCUCUAAAGAGAAUGGGAACUGGUGGUAUCUCAGAAAUCCAAGAACAUAGUUAUUUCAAUGACGUUAACUGGGAUGGUGUUUACGAAGAAGAAGCGUCCUUUAUUCCAAAUGUUGAACACCCAGAAGACACUGAUUAUUUUGAGCUAAGGGGUGCAGUAUUAGAAGAUUUAGGUGAAGAUUUGGAUGACAUUGUAGAUACAAAAAUAGAUGAUAGCAAUAUUGAAGAUUCGAUUAAUAUAUCUAAAGUAUUAUCAGAAGGUUCACAAUUCAAAGGUACCACUAGUGCAGUAUUUGAGCGUCCAAACAUUAAUACUCCUGUUAAUAAAACUAAUAUUUCAACACUCUUUGAAGCUGAUUCGAGAAGAUUUAGUGAUCCAAGUUCGCCAACAGUUAAGUCACCUUUGUCGGGGCUUUCGCAGCAUUUAAGGGAACGAAGGCACAGUAAAUUAUCUGACUCAAAAGGUGAUUUUGGUUCUUUUAACUACAGAAAUCUUGUCGCACUAGAUAAGGCUAAUAAAGAUGCAAUAAAUAGGCUAAAAUCAGAACAUCUUAUGGAACUACAAAGUUCCAAUAGAAGAACAUCGACAGCAUCUAUACCUAGUUCGUCAUCUGACAGCUCUAUUGUUAAAGUUAGACAAUCUCGUACUUCUAUAUCAAAUAAUUCAGCUAAAGGACAUGCACAUAACUCCUCGACAGUAUCUGAAUUAUCUUUUAGAUCAAUUUCCCCAGAGCGAACUACUGCUAUAUAUGGACAGAAAAUCCCAACUACAAAUAAGGGAACUAAUCCUGAAGUUGUUGAGGGACAAAAUUUGUCUAGUUAUAGUAAAAACGAUGAUACAAAUCCCCUUAAAUUGGAGAUGCCUUCAACCCCUAUACAAGCAAAUAAACCUUACGUGUUGACACAUUCUCCAUUUACAGCAAGAUCUUUGAGUACAUCCAAAACUGGAAGCGGUAAAAAGAACUCUGAGGAAUCAAGUGCAGAGGAAGUUGAUAAACUACAGGCUAUCUCAAAAAUCCAGUCAGUCAGGAACAGAAGGAAAAGUGCUAGAAAAAACUCAUCAAAUGUAGAACAGAUGUUAUUCAAAUUGGAUAUACUAUUAUGCGAACCAAUUCCUAUUCAUCGAUACUAUAUUACCAAAGAUUUAGAAACUCUCGGCUGUACCGUUGUGAGUGUGGCUGCUGGGGACGAGCUAAUCAGUAGGGCGACUAGCGGGAUCAAAUUUGAUCUGAUUAUAACUGCAUUGAAAUUGCCAAAGCUUGGAGCAGUCGAUAUAGUUAAAUUAUUAAAACAUACUAAUGGUAUCAACUCUUUCACGCCAGUUGUUGCCGUGACAAGUUAUUACCAUGAGGCUACAAAUGCAAACAUUUUCAGUGAUGUCUUCGAGAAGCCAAUCACACUGGAUGUAUUAAAGAAAUUAGUAUCCAAGUAUGCAUUGCUAAAAUCACAAAUGGAAGAGGAUUCUAUAUUAAGUGAUAACGAACCAUAG